AUGCUAAUGGGUUUUGCUGAAGACUAUCAUAAAAUUGUAAUGAAUGUAAAACAAGAACUAGUCCUCAUACGAUAUAAUUCUGAUUUUAAUGCCAUUCAUUCAGCUAAUGAAACAAAGGAUAACUAUAAGAUCACUUUGAACAAAGUGUUGUGGAAAAUGCCUCAUAUAUCAGUUAAUGAUAGUCAAAAAUUACGAUUACUAAAAAAUUUUGAAAACAACAGAGAUUUACCGAUUGUCUUUAGGAGUUGGGAACUGCAUAAAUAUCCAGAAUUGCAACAAACUAAAAACCAUACAUGGGCUGUUAAAUCGAGUAAUCAGUUGGAAAAGCCUUGUUAUAUUAUUAUUGGAUUUCAAACAGAUGUAAAAAAUCAAAUAACAAAAAAUAUGAGUCGAUUUCAACACUGCAACUUGACCAAUUUAAAAGUAUAUUUAAACUCAGAAGUAUAUCCUUAUGACAAUUUAAAUAUAGAUUUUACUAAUAAUAUAUAUGCAGUCCUAUAUGAAAUGUAUACUCAGUUCCAAAAAUCAUACUACUAUAAAGCGUUUAGUGAACCAACCUACUAUCCCAUUCUGUUCAAGAACAAUGCCCCUCUGGUGGUUAUUGUCAAGGAGAGGAUAUUUUAA